AUUCUGCUACGUCAAACAGCCGGGGUUUGUGUUUGUGCAACUUCUUCAACUUGUAUUUGAAUUUGUAUCAUUGUAUUUUCAGGCCUUUGAGUUGGCGACAGGAGAUUACCUUUUUGAACCGCAUUCUGGUGAAGACUACUCCAGAGACGAAGACCACAUCGCUCUGAUCAUCGAGCUGCUGGGUAAAGUCCCUCGGAAACUCAUCACGACGGGGAAAUACACAAAGGAAUUCUUCACAAAAAAAGGCGAUCUGCGACACAUCACGAAGCUGAAGCCGUGGGGUCUGAGCGACGUCCUGAUGGAUAAGUACGAGUGGAGCAAAGAGGAGGCUCAGUCCUUCAGCAGCUUCCUCCUGCCCAUGUUAGACCUGGUACCAGAGAGGAGAGCCAGUGCUGCCCAGUGUCUGUGCCACCCCUGGCUCUGCUCCUAAUGCCCGCCCACCUCUCCAACAGGAAGAAAACAAGACUAUGAAACACACCUGGGCCGCCUCACACCUGCAUCGACACGUAAAUGAUACAAAUGCACAAGUCAUCAACAUUUAGAAAGGUUUUGUUAUUUUGCAUUUAAAAAUUCAGCUCAAGUCUCAGGCAUUGCGUUUUGAACCAGGAGAAAACAAGUUUGAAAACACCUGGACUGCCUCAUGCCUGCAACUCUUGACCUAAAUGACAUAUAAAUGAUAAUCAACAAAUAGAAUUCAUGUUGGGGCAUCUGAUUUUCACACAGCGGAAGGAGGAAGUCUGUAUUUAAAUCUGUAACUCGCUCUCACAAACCCUCGGCACAGCGUUGAUAUUGACAUGCAUUCAUUUUCAGGCUUUCGUGACAGAAUAAGACCAGUUUCACCCCGGCGCAGCCAAUCAGACAAUCUGAGCGCUGCGUCCAGGUUGAAGAGAAAUAAAAAUACUUACAAAGUGUGACCGCAUUUGGUAUGUAGACUAGACCUGUCACGAUAACAAUAUAGAUAGUUUAUAAACAAUAAUACUGAAACUAAUGUAUGCCACUGACUGAUUUCUCCCAAAAAACUAUGAACAAUAUGAUUAAAAAGAGCAAACUGCAAUAAAUAAACAGCAGAAUUUAACAGUUUAGUAGUUAGUUUGUAUGUAUAAUGAGUAGAGGUACGGUGAGAUACAAUUUCCAUGAGACAAAAUAAGACUGGAGCUACGAGAACGAGAUGAGAUUUUCACAUUUUAUUUGUUAGAAAUAGUGUGAUCCAGUUCCCAAUUUUAUUCUCACAGGUUUUUAUUUUAUUUUAUUUAAUAUCUUUGCUGUAGCUCUGCUUUUUGUGCCCAGAGCUUCUCAGAAAAUGUAUCUUGCCAGUACUUCACUUUUUAUCCAAUCCAAAUGUAAAAAACAUGAGAUCUUUUGAAUCCCAAAUAAUGACUCAGAAGUUCACCCUUCUAUAGAACAGAAAAAUAAAAGGUUCCCCACUAGUACCCACUAUAAAUAUUGACUCCCAAUCAUUAUUUUUCCAUGUAACAUAAUUAUCAGUUAUCGUGACAGGACUAAUCUAAACCCCAGGUUUCGUUUUAACAAACCAUUUUCAGUUUGAACCAGGGAAUAAAAAAAGUUCAAAUGCUCCUGGACUGUUCCACUCCUGCUCAUGAAGACGUGGACAGUAACAACACAUGCACAACAAGUCAUAGACGCCCUAUUUGAUAUUUUGGAUCUAAACCCGAGCUCUGCGUAACACACAACGUCAUUUACAAUUUUGAACUAGGAAUAAAGUUGAAAGACUGUUAAAUAGACUUGGAAAGCUUCAACACUGAGUAUUACUGUGGAAGAAAUAAAUCAAAUGCACAAGUCGUGAGCUGACUGUAGUCUUAAAGAUGAACAAUGUAAAAGUAAGAGUAAAGUUCACUUUUGUCUCCAUGGAGAUUAUGAUUAUUAUAGAGUUACUGCUUUGCCUGAAAGGUUCCACAGAAUGUUAUUAAACAAAUGGAUCUCCCUGGACAAGUACAUGCUGCUCCUUGAUUAAGUUCUGGAGAAGAAAUACAUGUUUCUCAAGGUAUAUUUGAGCCAUAAAAACACCAGUAUUUAUUUACAAACACCAUGUGUAAUGUCAUACUGUGGAACAUCCCAAGCAAUCAAAACAUCUCCAUGGAAACAAACAGGCUGCAGUGUGUCUUAAGUCUGUUCUCUAGCACUUAAUCUCCCCGUGCACAAUCUGACGAGCUCUUAUCUGGUGUUUUCUUGCACUUAACACUUAGGUUUCAAAAUACAUAUGUCGACAAAGUAACAACAUUUUCUGAAUUCUAAGUCACUUGUGACGAGUCUGAUUAAUAAGCCAUGUUCAACACAUGAAGCUGUGGGAGACCUUUUAAACCGGAUGCCCUCCCAGUCACCAUCAGACACAUUAUUAUGACUGGAGAUGGUUUGAUAGUGUUUGCCCAGGGACGCAACAGCUUUAAGUGCUUCUGUAAAAAGACUGAACUAGCAACCUUGUGGUCAGAGGGCGAAAGUGAAAGUGCUACUGACUUGUACGGCUGAAUCAGGCUGAGCAGUUUGAAGUGUCUGGUUUGUUGAGACUUCUUAUACAAAUAAUGUUGUUCUAAUCUCUGUUUGGGAAAGUGAAGCGCUGGUAACUUGUUCAUUAUCGAGGGUUUCAAAUAUCGACUCGCUUUGGUGCAAGACACCAAAGAGAAAAAAUAUUCUUGAAAUGUUGUUGCACUUAAAGAGGGAGUAUUAUGCUAAACUGACUUUUUGGAGUUUCCUACCAUGUUAUAACGUUUUUCCAUAAUCAAAAACACACUUGAAGAGGUUUUACGUGUCAUCCAUGAAUGUUUGAGUAAUUUAGCGAUCUCUCCCGGCGCUUUUCAAACCCUUUUUGUGGUUAACUGUAAGAUUCUGUCCAAUACUUUGCCCACAUAUGUCACCCAUACUCCCACUUGACAAUUCUCCUUAAAUGUACAAAAACAGGAUACAGAACAAUACACUACAACUUCACAAACCUGACGCGUAGGGAUGUAACAAGAACAAAACAUCGUGAUAUCGUAUCGUCAAAAGUGUCUCAGUAAUAUCGUGGGCCGUCACAGUAUAUCGAGUGUCUCUGCUUAAAUUCAUUGUUUUGGUGCAGCAACAGCUAAAAAACUACAGACCAUUAUCCUCUGCUCUGUUUCAAUCCAGUCCACGUGUUGAAAUAAACGUUAUGAAGCACUUUUAAAUCUUAAUUAUUUGGAUUUUGGAUUUUGAUGAGAGAAAAGUAGCAUACUCAAGUUUAUAUAUUUUUUUUGCCUCCACAAAAUUUAGCAAUAAAUAUUGUACCGUGGGAUGAAUAUCGUGAGAAUAUCAUAUCGAGAGGGUUGAAUAUCGUUAGAUUUCUACUGAUGCGAUGUGCAGUAGAUUCAUUAACGAGAUGCAGGCUGAUUGUAAUGGUGCUCUGAAGGGGGAGUGACUUAGCGCGAGAAGGAAAGGAGGAGAGACUGUGAAACUUACAAAACAUGUUAGUUUUUUUUUUUUUUUUAUUCAGGUGAUGGAAAUAUUCUGUGUUGGCAAUAAUGAUACUCCCUCUUUAAAACAACGACAUGACUGCUCCUUCUCAAAGUGCAUUUUUGCUGUAAAGUGCUUCGGCUCAAACAUUAGAAGAAGCAUGACAGAUUCUAGUAUUUCUCCAUCCACACAUUUCAAUAUUAAACCUUUGUAAAUGUGUAAACAAGUGGAAUAAGGUGCCAUAGUUUUCACACAAAAGCUGCUUUUGAGCCGAGGAACUAAAGGAUUCCUUUUUACUGUUGGCCACUUUAUUAGGUACACUUGGUCUGAAUAGAAAUGUUUUAGCAGCAUAACUUUUCUGGAGGAGGGUCAGUCACGGCACUGGGCCAGAGCGCAGGUCACAUCUGUCUGUGUCACGACCUUUCAGUGUUUUUCUAUUUAAUAAAACACCUGAAUAGAUACAUGUGUUUAAUGCCACACUGUGAAACAUUCAAGGCAAGCAAUUAUAUCUCCAUGGAGAUGAGCAGGUGGCCGUUCUUCCACCAGGAAAUUUACAUCAACGGGGACAAAAUCAGGAUUAAAACUUGGGCUAAACCAGGACUAAACCAGAAAUAAAUCAGGACUAAACCUCAACUCACCAGGACUUAACAGGAUCUUAAGUUUUAGAUGUUUGGGACUAAACAGCGCCUGGUCCAGAUUUCACAGGUGUACCUAAUAAAAUGGCCAGUGUUUUGAAAAUCUCUUAUAAUUAGCAAACUCCGUAUGUUCAGAUUCAUUUUUUUUUUUUUUCAGAACUCUUGAUUAUAGUUUGUUUUUUUUUUUUUUUGUCUUUCUGUCUCAAACCAAAGAGAUGGCUCCUCCUCCUUUGCAGGUAAAGGUGAACGCUGCGCUUGUUUAGUUUUUAUUUUAGUAUUUUUAAUAGUUCUUUGAGGGGAAAAACAGUAAAAGACUGUACAACAAAAUAGAAAAAAAAGUGUUUUUCUUAAAUAAUUCCAUAUCUGUUCCUGUGUGUCUUUCCAUUGAACUUUCUGUAUAGGCAAUAAUAAUAAACAUUUUUCAAAACUUAA